GGCAACACCUCGACAACAGCCACCACAAGCAACGAUGAUGCGUGCAACGGUACGAAGUGUCCUGCCGUCAGCAUUGCGAUCAGCCGCGCGUCCUUCCAUGGCCAAGGCAGCAUGGACCGCUUCUCGGCACCAGCCUGUCAGCUUGCACAACGCUUUGUGCUUUACAAGUCGUUCGUUCUCGGACAAAAUCCACGUCACCUUCGUGGAAGCUGAUGGCACGAAGAAGGACGUGUCGGCGGUCGUGGGCGAAACUUUCCUUGAGAUCGCGCACAACAACGACAUAGAGUUAGAAGGCGCAUGUGGCGGCGAAUUGGCGUGCUCGACGUGCCACUGCGUCUUCGACCCGGCAGUUUACGCGACGUUACCGCCCAUUACCGAGGAAGAGGAAGACAUGCUCGACAUGGCAUGGGGACUCACUGACACAUCGCGCCUCGGGUGUCAGAUCAAAGCAACCCCCGAAAUGGACGGGAUCACCGUCACCAUUCCGGACGGGUCAAACAACAUGCUGUGAGGACACUAAAAGCCACCCGUUGACCAUUAGACAUAACCCGGUUAACUUGUCCCCAUUCAUACUACUGCAGCACUCCUAACUUUCCAUCGUUUCCGACGUCAGCUCGUCGUAGUCGGCCUUGUACGCCGGUGACACCGCCACGGCGGUCGUCAGUGGCGGCACGUAGUCGUCGUUGUUCAACUUGGAAAAGGUAGCGUCUCGUUGGG